CAAGCCGGCGGGAAGGCGGGGUCAGCUCGCCCGAGGGCCCCGAAAAAGAGCGGAUGCGGCGGCAGGCGCUUCCUUUCCUUCACUUUUGGCCCUCCGACCGGCCAUGGCUCCCGCCGGCGACCGCACCGGCUACUGGGGCCCGCCGACGUCCACCCUCGACUGGUGCGAGGAGAACUACGUCGUGUCCUCCUACAUCGCCGAGUUCUGGAACACCGUUAGCAACUUGAUUUUCAUUCUCCCUCCCAUCUAUGGUGCAAUCCAGAGUUACAAAGAUGGCCUUGAGAAACGCUACAUAAUGGCCUACUUGUGUGUCACAGCUGUGGGCCUGGGCUCCUGGUGCUUCCACAUGACACUGAAGUAUGAAAUGCAGCUGUUGGACGAGCUGCCCAUGAUCUACAGUUGUUGCGUUUUUGUCUACUGCUUGUACGAAUGCUUCAAACACAAGAAAACAAUCAACUACCCUCUUCUCUUCCUACUACUAGCCUACAGCAUUGGCGUCAGCAUA